UUUAACAUUUUCAUGGCUACUCCAACAUUCAGCCUCACAAAACAAAGACCACGAAAGCAAAUGGUGACAAUAGGUGCAAAAAUGUCAUGGAAGUUGAUGUUUGUUGUUAUUUUGGGAGUUUUAGUGCAAACUUCCUCUGCAAGGAAGCUUCUUAGGAGGGAUUUACUCAACUUCAACGGUUUUGACCAAAUUUUAGGAGGUCUUGGUGGCGGCGGUGGUGGAGGCGGCGGUGGUGGCGGUGGAGGUAGUAAUGGUGGAUUUGGUGCUGGCUACGGAUUUGGCGAGGGUCAUGGAUCAGGUGCAAAUGAUGGAUUUAACCAAAUUGUAGGAGGUCUUGUUGGCGGCGGCGGCGGUGGUGGUGGCGGCGGCGGUGGAGGUGGAGGUAGUGAUGGCGGAUUUGGUUAUGGCAUUGGAUAUGGCGGGGGUCACGGAUCCGGUGCAAAUGGUGGCGGUGGCGGAGGAGGGGGCGGUGGUGGCGGUGGCGGUCAAAAUGGUGGUAGUGGUUUUGGUUUCGGACAUGGGUCGGGCCAUGGUGGUGGAGAUUGAUCCCACAAUUUGCUCAAAUCUUAUUUUUAUUAUUAUUAAAUAUAAUAAUUAAUAAGUAAAAAAGCAAAUAAU